GGCAAAUACUCUAGUGAAUGCAAGUUUGGAAUUGUUUUUAUGCAGCUUUCUUGCUAUCAAAGGCAUUUUCUGAUAUUGCUGACACUGAAGCAUUAAAAGAAAAUUCAAGAAGCCAUGUGUGUCCUAAAGCUACCAGUAGUGCUACUUGUGCUCUUUGUGGCAUUAAACCAUCUGAAAGCUACCCCCAUUGAAAGCAUUACCAAUCACCAGAUGGACAAACGGAAAUGCAACACUGCCACAUGUGCAACACAACGCCUGGCAAAUUUUUUAGUUCGUUCCAGCCACAACCUUGGUGCCGUUCUCUCAACUACCAAUGUGGGAUCCAAUACAUAUGGCAAGAGGAAUGCAGCUGAGGUUUUAAACAGAGAACCAUUGAAUUACUUACGCCUUUAGAGGUCAGUGUACCUCAAUGGUUCUCAAUGUUUUAUGUAUAAACAUUCUAGUGAUUUCCUAUAAUAAUUAAGAGUGCCUUUUUCAUUUCUAGAGUGAACGUAUGAUUGUGCCCCUUGUUUGUUAGCAAUACAA